AUGCGACUUAAAUACAUUGAAGUCGUCUUGAUGUUGGUCAGGUGGUGCGGAUGCCUGAGGUUUAGUGUAGGCAACAGUGAGGCUAUGCAGGGAUAGAUGUCAGAUUACGAUUGAGCGACAAUGUAGUUGAGCGGCAAUAUUCUCUUGACCGCCCGUUCAAAGAUGCUAGACAAACGCCACUCAGGCACAGCGAAAAGCCUCACGAAUUAUAAUUAGGUUGAUGAAGUUGGAGGGAAGGAGAAGAUGGGAAAUCGCAAUGAUGAAGAUGUGCUUAGUCAGCGAUCACAUCCCACCUCCUGCCGAAUUUGAUUGAUCAAUUCCAACCGCCACCGAACCUGAUCCUUCAGAAGUCAAAUACGGCAGUAAUUGGGAGAGUUUUUGUGCCCGAUUAAGGUGGAUAAUGACGACCGUUACAUCAUUGAAGUCGCUUAUACUCGAUCUACCACCGAGCUGUGUCGAAUUUUGGCCUCUGGAUCCUCAGUAUGCUGUAGUGGGCACAUAUAAUUUGGACAGAUCUGACGAGGAUCAAGUUGAGACCAACAAAGAUGCCCAAGAAGAGUCUGAUGAGCGAGAAGCUGGGGAGAAACGUGUACAGAAAAGGGACGGGAGCAUUAUUCUGAUUCGAGUGAAGGGUGAUGAUGUCGAAAUAAUACAAACACUCCCAACUCCGUCCGCCAUUCUCGACAUCCAUUUUGCACCUGGAAACUUUCCACCCUCAAGCUUUGGAGUAGCAACAUCGACUGGAUCAUUCGACCUCUACUACCUUGGGAAUGAAGCAGGAGAGAAACUUACUGGAGCCCCGGAACCACCCAAACUACCAAUCUUGUCUCAUUGGAGGACAUUUCAAUUCUUUCCUUCGGAUGUACUUGUCACGGCAUUUUCAUGGUCUCAGGAUGGCACGACGGUUGCGAUGACGCUGACAACCGGAGAAGUCUGCUUGAGAAAGCCAGUGGUCGACGUCGAGGACGUUAAGGAUAUACAUUCAGUUGAUGCAGGAAGCCACGAUCUUGAAGCCUGGACAGUAACUUUUCUACCCAAGGGCAACGCAUUCUUUUCUGGAGGUGACGAUAGUGCGCUCAUCUACUGGGAACGACCGACCAACGGCACCGAUGGCACAGAGCCAGGUCUAGACGGGGAAGAUGCUGCGACACAGGUAUGGACAAAUAGGAAGAUACAUGGAGCUGGCGUCACAGCAAUUUUGCCCCUCAUUAUCGCCGAAGGCGAGAUGAAGGUUCUCACUGGCAGUUACGACGAUCAUAUACGACUAUUGGACGUCCCCGUGGUGGGCAGGAAGACGGUGCUAGCGGAGCUGAAUCUAGGCGGGGGCGUCUGGCGUCUGAAAAAGUUGGAUAGCGACCCAGACUGCACUGAGGUGCUAUUGCUGGCGAGCUGCAUGCACGCAGGCGCAAGAAUUCUGAGGCUCAGACGGACCGAAAACCACGAUUGGGACUUCGAGGUCCUGGCCCAAUUUGAGGAGCACAAGAGUAUGAAUUAUGGCAGCGACAGUCAGCCCGGGGUCGACGAAAACGGACGGCGGACUUUUGUCACUACAAGCUUCUACGAUCGGCUGUUAUGCCUCUGGAGAUACUGAAUAAGAAUACAUCAUGAAGAAGUAAUUAUCGAUCCGGGGAUCGGACUUCGGAUUGGCCCCGCGAGAUACAUUUCUCAUGCGGGUACGUGAGGCGGAGCACACGAUCAAGCGCUCUCCGCUGUGCCACUUGGAUCUGACGUGCUAUUGUGG